AUGAUCUUAUGUAGACACUUAUUUAUGACUCGAGCGCCAUUCUCAGUUGUGAUUAACAAUACCCAAUUAAACAGCCAUUUAUGGUAUAGUGAGACCAGCAGACGGUACACCAAUAAUGUAAAUGGCCAUGCAAAGAAUCAAUCUGGAGUAGAUAAUCUACCCCUGAUGGACUUACUUGGACGGAAACAUGAUUAUCUGCGGAUAUCUCUUACAGAGCGGUGCAACCUUCGGUGUCAAUACUGCAUGCCGGCCGAGGGCGUGCCGCUGUGCGGGCGAAACGAGCUGUUGUCGCGCGAUGAGCUGUCGCGGCUGGUGCGGCUGUUCGCGUCGCUGGGCGUGCGCAAGGUGCGGCUGACCGGCGGAGAGCCGACGUUGCGGCCGGAUCUGGCCGACGUGGUGCGCGAGGUAGCCGCCACCGACGGCAUCGCCACCGUGGCCAUGACCAGCAACGGCGUGGCCCUGGCGCGCCGACUGCCGGCGCUGCGCCGCGCCGGCCUCGGUGCGCUCAACCUCUCGCUCGACACUCUGCGCGAGGACCGCUACGAGCGCAUGGCGAGGCGCCCCGGUCUGCGAAAGGUCCUGGCCUGCGUCGAUCUCGCUCUGCAGCUCGACUACCGCCCUCUCAAAAUUAACACUGUUCUCAUGAAAGGUUUCAACGACGACGAGAUUUGCGACUUCGCCGAAUUCACCAAAGACAAGGACAUAGAAGUCAGGUUCAUCGAGUUCAUGCCGUUCUCGGGCAACGCGUGGGCCGACGCGAGGCUCGUGCCCGGCGACGAGGCGCUCGCCGCGCUCCGAAACCGCUACGGCGACCUGGUGCCGCUGGCCGCGCCCUCCUGCGGCACGGCGUCGCUGUGGCGCGUUCCCGGCCACGUCGGCCGCCUCGGCUUCAUAUCCUCCAUGACGCGCCCGUUCUGCGGCUCCUGCAACCGCCUGCGCCUCACGGCCGACGGCGGCCUCAAGGUGUGCCUGUUCGGCGCCGACGAGCUCUCGCUGCGCGACGCCCUGCGCGCCGGCGUCGCCGACGACGACCUGUCCGCGCUCGUGCGGGCCGCUCUCCGCCGCAAGAGGCCGCAGCACGCAGCGGGAUCGCCGGCGCGGCGGGCUCGGGCGGCGGCGACGGGGCGGCGCGGCUACUGCACGCUCACCCACCUCGACGCGGAGGGCCGCGCGCGCAUGGUCGACGUGGGCGCCAAGCCGGUGACACGGCGGGGCGCGCGCGCCGAGUGCGUGCUGCUGGUCAGCGAGAAGCUGGCGCGGCUGCUGCGCGGCGCCGGCCUCUCAAAGGGCGACGCGACGACGGUGGCGCAAGUGGCGGGCGCGCUGGGCGCGAAGCGCACGGCCGACCUCGUCCCGUUGUGCCAUCCGUUGCCGCUGGAGCUAGCGCGCGUGACGGUGGAGCUCCCGAGCGCGACGGCGAGUCCGCGCGACGGCCGCGUGUCCGUGAAGUUGGCGUGCGAAACGCGGGCGACGUCGCGCACCGGCGUAGAGAUGGAGGCGCUGACGGGCUGCGCCGUGGCCGCGCUCGCGCUCUACGACAUGUGCAAGUCGGUCGACCGGCACAUGACCAUCGGUGAGCUUCGCGUCGUGAGCAAGUUUGGCGGCGCGAGCGGCGACUGGUGUCUCGCCGAGGGAGGCGCUCUGCCGAAGCCGUCGUCCGAGAAGUACUAA